AUGCUCGCUUUGUUCCUCUUGGCUCAACAUGUUCUUGCUAAGGAUACAUCAAACGAUUCUUAUAUUGUCAAGAAAAUCGAAUCUUGUCCGGACGAGGGUUAUUUCUUUAAACGGGACAUAAACUUCAACAUCAUAGAACCGAACUGCUAUCUUUGCUUCUGUCAGGAUAACGGAACAGCUGUCUGCUGGCUCAGGCAGAAUAAUAGAUGUGAUACUAAGUAUUAUUACCAUGCUGGGAGGAAAAAGAGAGAAAUCAGAUCACGGCGUUCUCCUGGACUCAGCGACAUAUUCUUUCGUGAUGCAUCUCGGGAUUUUUUCAACAAACGAAUGCCGGAACAAUGUAAGCCACACGAAUCGAGUUUCAGCAAGGGAUGCCCGCCUGCCGAUUGGUGCAUUGGUUGUACUGUGUGUGAUUGUGACGCAAACGGGCGAUGGGAUUGUCAUGUUCUAAGUUUUUGUCCUGAUGGUACAGGUAAAAAGCAAAUGAAAAAACGACGUGGUGCAGCUCGCAGUAAAAUUAUGAAAAGGCAACUAGCAACCAAUAAAGAAAUAGAUAAAAAGAGAACAACUACAAAAAUUAUGAAAAAGCCAACAAGAAAAAGUGCUAGGAAAAAUAAUAGAGGGAGCAAACCACAAAUAAAGCAAAACAAGGUAGAACGAAUUAAUGGAAAACAAAGAAAGCAACAAAAGAAGCCAAUCAGACGUACGCAACCAAAGAAGCCGAAACCACCGUGCCUUAUGCAAAAUUCAAGUAAAGGAAAAUCAAAGAAGCCAAUACUUAAAUCUAGCAAAAGCAAGGAUCUCAAAAUCAAUAAAAAUGAUGUGACUGCUAAAUUUGCUGAAAGUAUUCUUAAGAAGGUUAUGGCUUCAGUUGAAAAAUUCAUUAACGAAAGUCAAAAGAAUUCGAGUAAGUCGAACCAAUCUAAAAAUAUGAAGAAACGACCCAUGUCUAAACAUAAAAAAGGAAAUCAUAAAAACAGUGUGAAUACAGAUAGCAACAAAAUUAAAUCGAAAAUUUUAAAUGAUAAAAUAUGGUCAAGUGUUUCUUCAAGGAAAGCAAAUGAAAAAAUAAGAGCUAAUUGGAGGAGAAAGAGAGAUGUAGCAACCCAGGAAAUUAGUAACAAAUUAGUAUUGCCGCUAACAGUAACAAAUUCAACAACGACGGCAGCAUUUUAUAAUAUUAUGAAAGAUGAAAACAAAACGACAGAGAAUGACCAUAUAGCAACCGCAACAACUGAUGUGUUAUCAACCUUAGAUCAAACGACGGGGUAUGUCAGCGAAGGGAUAACUAACCAUAUUAACGAAGAAAUGAUUACGCAAACAAAUGAAAUCAUUUUAAAUAAAUCACAGAAACCUUCAAAAACAUUUUUAAAUACUCACAAAGAGAGAAAUAGCAGUGAAAUUAAUCUUCGUUUUAAUAAAACAAGUUACAAUUUAUCUGAAUCGUGUGGAAAAAUAUACGAAUAUGCUACAAAAUACGGAAUAACAAAUCUAACAGAAACACAACAAACGCAAAUUAAUUAUAUCAAGGAAAAUACUUUAAUUUUUAUUGAGUCAAUAGAAAAGUUUUCUAAAAUUUUGAUUGAUGUUAUAAAUAUUCUUAAAAUUGGAGAUAAACGAAACGAAACACAUUUUUAUCAUAAUUAUGCAAGAGAGCAAGAAUAUAUUAAAACAAAUAAUAGUAAGACGAUUAAUGACAAAUUGAAAAAACUAAUUACUUUAUUAGUCAAAAAUAAUUUGGUCCAGAAUAAAUUUAUGAAGAAAAUGUACGACAUACUAGUAACGUUAGAAGAUAAGGCAAAUACAACAUUUAACGACAAAUUAAAAGAGGUGAGUGUUGAGAAUAAAAAGAGUGAUUAUACUAAUACACUAGAAAAUUAUAUCAAAAACAUGUUUAAAAACCUUAGGAAAUUAAAAGCUCUACCAGAAAGAUUGAAUUCUAAAAUCAGAAAGAAAAGGGCAGCUAUAUACAACGAUGAUGCUGUAGAAUAUCUUUUAAUGCUUAUGGAAUAUUUAUUUAAGCAAAACAAGCCAUCGAAUCUUUCUCCAGUUCAUGAUGGUAUUGAUCUUUUAAUCGAAGCCAUUAAGAAUGCACCAGAUAUUAAGCCAAUUCAAAAGGAAGUGCUUUACAAUGAUAACUCACAAACAAAGCAUAGCGAUGAUUCUAUAAAUUUCCAUGGAAAAAAUGUAAUUGCGGAAGAAUAUAAAGAUACAAUAAAUAUAUUCAACAACAAAUUUAAACCUUAUGAACCACCUGAUAAUGAACACGAAUAUUUUACUGAUUAUAAAGAUUUUAAUAAAGAGAUACAAACGAGCACGCAACCUAACUCUACACCAGAAGAAGUUAAAAUACAGGAUAUAGUCACCAAAAAAACAGUCAGAGUCCACGUUGAUGAAAAUGCCAAAUUGGAUAAAUUUAAUGAAGAUAUGUUGAAUAAAGAAAAAGAAGUUAAGAGAUAUGAAGUAUUCGUCGAUGAUACUGCUGAAGAUGACACGCCUCUCGAUACUACAACUAUUGUAAUAGACACUUCUACAGUUACAGUUCCUAAUACAGAAUCAUUACAUACACGACCUACAGAUAAUAAAACAAUGAACAAUUACGAAGCGAGCGAUUCAGACAAUAAAGUUAAGCUAGAAUGGAUUGAAGAAACCUACGAUAAUGGACCAGAACGUGAAAAUACUACAAAAGUAAAAGAAACUACAACAGAAGCAAAUGAAAAAGUAACAAAAAAGAAAAUCAAGAAAAUUUAUGAUAAAUAUGCAGAUCCUGUGAGCAGUAUGUCACAUGAAGAUGGGGAACGAAAAUUAUAUACAGAUAGUGAGUCGUAUCACAAGCAGACAAGUCUUCUAAAUACAUUAGAUUAUGGACCUGAUAGAGAAUUGGACUCAGAUUCGAGGGAAGAAAAGGAUAACGUCGAUUCAUCUCCGCUGUAUUUUGUUUAG